GUAUGUUUGAAAUAGAGAUUUAAAUGUAUUUUAAAUAUUAUUCUCGUUUUCAGAGUCUGUGUAUAUAACAUCUCUGUCUGUUCUUAUGGAACAUGCAAUUUCACUGUCGCUUUGUAAUCUUCAGAUACAUAUCCCCAAAAAUGGGCUUGGCUGAAUGCCAGUCGCGAUCUGUCACUGGCAACGGGCUUGUACGUGGCCCCAUGUCCUUGUCACAGAGCUCAAAAUCAAACCUUGCUACAAAUGUCGCCACAGCCAUAUGCGUCUCAAGCUUGGCAAACCUCGUGCCCACUAUUGAGGAUAUUAGUUGGAGGAAACAGCUCGCGUGAUACAGCAUCAACAUACAGCAUGGGUGAAGGCCGGUUCCCCAACCGAGAUACGCGUUUGGAGACUUUUUGUCUUCCGCUCGCCCUUCGAGGUAUCUGCGAGGGUUCCAAGUUUCUGGCUCGACGUAGAUGUCGGGGUUCAUGUGUCGGUCGUCCAGCAGGAAACACUGGGAUACUGUUAGUCAAUAACUCGUCAAAAGCGGAGAUUUCUUAAUGGGAGUAGUCUUACAGCAAAAGCAUCCUUUGGAAUAAUUGUGUUUGUACCAGGGAUUUGUAUGUCCUUGCCGCUCAUAUUUUUGCGGAACGCGGAACCGGGAACAUUCAUUCGGAUGGACUCCUUCAAAGCCAAAGCAAUUGUUGGGAAGCCCUCUUCCCAGUCUUCGAGUUCAACGCGUGCGAGAACGUCUGUUACUGCCUCAUCGGCCGUUUGGCGGUACUUGGAAAUGAUGGCGUCCACUUCGGUUCGAACGCGAUCUCUCCACUCCGUAUCCUGCGCGAGAUAUACGGGGAUCCACGAGGCGUUAACACCAGUGUUGAGCAAUCCUGCAAAUAGAGCACGGACAAUGAAAAAUGUAAUUUCCAGGUCUGAAUCGCCAUCAUCCAUCAACCUCUGCAUGGCAUCAUCUCCUCUCUCACCGCUUUGUCGGCGCUUUUCCAUGAUGGUAUGCAUUAUUUGGAAGAGCUCGCGGCCGGCCUCCUUCUUUUGUCGCUUGUUAGGGGUGACAAGUGACGGGAACAUGACUUCCACGCCAGAUGUGCAAUCGAGUCUAGUGAACAUCUCCAGUGUCUUGGCAAGAAGUUCGGGGCUAUCCGCAACAUCGUUGCAGCCCAGAGAGCGUUGCGUAAGCUGGUAGAUGAGACCAUAGAAGAUUUCAAAGCUGUCCGAUGCCUUGCUCAAGUCGAGAGCGUCGAAAGUGGCAGCAAUAUCUUGGUUCAGCUUGGGCAGACGCUCUUUGAGAUUUUUCGUGGUGAAGAACUUUCUAUAACCAGCAGCAGAAUGGGCAGUGCUUCUCUGCAGGAUGUUGAAUUUGUCCAUGCUCUUGACAUCCGGGCCUGCACCGAAGAGGGUGCUAUAUCUAUACGUCAUCGAACAUAUCAAUAUUAUAUUUCAGUCAUUGACCGAUGUUAUCUUACCCAGUUGCAAAAUCCAAAUCACGAGAGUGAAAAAAUAAGGGCGUUCCUACCUCACCAGCAAGAGCCACAAUACGGUGAGGGCCAUAGUAGAAGCUGAAGAUGCCGUUGGAUGACCAUAGUUUACCACUGGUCAAGAACUGCGCUCGAGACCUGAAGAAACCAAGCGAACCCAAAAUUGGCCAACCAGCUAAACGGCUUGGUGCAUUUGAGGGCAGCUUAGGGCGCGACCAGACCUGAAACCCAACCCAGGCAACGCCGGUCAAAAGACCGAUGAGAAGGAGUGCAGCGUACAUGAUUCUGACGAUGUCGAUGUCAAAAGAAACAUUUCACAGCAAUUUUUUCAUCCAAACUCUGAAAAUACUUGGCGGUCUGAUUUGCUUAUAUGUGGAUAUUCUUGCAUUCGGCCGGCCGAAUUCCCGGCGAGACUCUGUGAGUAUUUCCUGCUGUCGUAUUGCGCUAACCAAUCGCAACAAAGUCUUUAUUCAACAGGCGGAUACUGUAGUGUGACGCUACGGCACAGCGAAUACGCGGAUCUGUGCAUCACGUUGUAUGCGGGCCGCCCUACUACCGAGCCCUCUUCAUUCCUCUUACAUCAUCGUCAUCGUCAUCGUCAUCGUCGUGCUUUAUCUUUUUUUAUCCAUGGGCAAAGGGGGAUAAUACUGGCCAAAUAAAUGAAUGUUUGCUAGAAAUAGAUUGCCUGUUUGGGGGUAGCGAUCACUAUUAAACUUUAGUGGUUUGCGAUGCUAGCGUUGUGCGCUAGGCUUACUCGAGCACGAUCAUCUCUGCCAAUCUUUGAAAAGGACAAGUGAUCGACGCAAUACUUAUCAGGCAGGCAAACACGUGAACUUGAUAGAACUGCUUGAUAUACAGCUGGCGAAAAUUGUCAAACUACGAGAACUAUGAGGAUACUAGUCUACAAGCGCAUAACUAUUAGAGUUCGCACAAAACCCACCAAGAUUUGAAUAUUUUUAUUCCUCUGUAGGUUAGCAUAGUGCAUUACAUCUUGGAGACCUUACCCCAGGCGCGGCGGCGGAGCACUUUGCAUUGUUUGUGGCGUUUAUCGCCGAAUCAGGCGGAGUCUCGGCAGAUACUACUGAAGCGCUUCACUGGAGACUAUGUUUAGAGAGACACUUUUCUAAGCAAGGCAAAAGAUUGAAGAAGGGGACCUGGAACAACUUUGUUCAAUGCAUGUUCCGGAGCGGCGGACCAUGGUUUUUGGAACAUCGACCGCUUAGUCUCCCUCAACAUCGACUACUAGCGCUCCCUAAGGGGGGCAAAAGAGCCAAAUUUAGAAGCAGAAAAUCCCCCAAGGGACGCUGGUGAAACCUGGACGCACGAUAAACUUGUUCCCUUGAAUUGAGAGAAGAAUAAAUCGACAGAUGCUGUGGUCCACUAUGUCCUAGGUUGGUUCGAUGGCCGGAUGGGCUGACGGGGGACCGUAUAUAGCAGCCCGUCUUUAUUGGCAAGGUGAGAGAGGUAUACCAAGGGCAGCAUAAGCAUCAUAGCCGCUUUACAAGCCUGCAUGAACGGCCAGCCGCAGUCUCACGCGGGGCAAAGAUAGGCAUAACAAAGCCAGCCCAGGGCAUGGCAACGGCGUCGUCCGAGUCGGUGAUAGGACAUGAGUCUAAUUCCCCCCAGAUGCACAUUGUAAUUUUGAAAUUCGAAUGCACCGUGUUCUCGCAAGGGCGCAGCAGUAGUUCGCCCACCGCGUUUAGAUUUGUAGUGUGCCCAUCACAACACGCUGAGAAAAAAGCAAACAAAAUGCAGCUCUGGCAGCAUGGCUCAACGGGCGUUAUUUCCUCUGCGCCCAUUUUCAGCUGCAUAGCCCCAGUGUCAAAUGAAAGAAACGUUAGCAAGAGCAAAUAAAAAAAGAAAAUAAACAAGUGACAUGCUCGGCGAGAGGCAGGUGAGUGAAAAAGCCACAGGGCAUGCCGCUCAGCCAGCAAGUAAGCCACCCGAGGCAACAAGCGUUACUCCUCACUAGUGGGCUGUCUUGAAUAAAAUAAUAAUAUUUUUACUAUUGAGCACAUGUAAUCAUCCGGGUACAAUUUUUUUUAAACACAAAAAAUAAUGAAGCUCAUCCCGGGUGAAAGGCCGUUUUGUUCUUGUCUCUUUUCCCCCCUAUUUGCCCGUUGGGACUGAAGAGAUUGUUCGUCGCAAGGGAGGAAAAAGGGACUAUUUCGCAGGCACAAUAGGGCAUACAGUAUAGAGUAUCGUAUUUUCUUCUUUUGCUAAAUAUAGGUUUGGCCAAAUGUCUAGCAAACAUUGCUUCUGCGAGGAAAGGGGGGGCCUUGAGCGGUGGGUGUAAUUUGCGAGGGCGCAACCGUAGCGAGGGUUUCAGUUGCAACGAACUGAGGCAGCGGGGCAAUUAACUGGCACUGAUGAGAAGCACUGAAACCUAUAUAAUUUUGAAACAGUAUGAUUUUGCGUGCGGGCGCAGCAGGCUAGCGCAGAAGCAAACAGGGCCACGGCGUCUACGCCACCGCUCGGCAUUGCAUCGAGCUGGGCCAAGGCGAUAGGCUCCGCAUUAUAGGUGUAAUUUCCACUUAGACCGUCGCCCAAGCCACUAAUAGUAGCCGCAGGAUCUGUCAAUUAUCGGGGACAUGUGCAAGGUACCCGUAGCCCUGUUCCCUGUCCUUGUGCCCCCCUUGCCGCCUAACCGAGUGACUCCAGCUGUUGUAUCUAACUAACUGAACUGGGCUGGCUGGCUCGUUCGUUCGUUCGGCCGCUCGCCGCGUGCGUGUGUCUUGCGAGAGUUAUAAAGGAUGCCGUUCGCCCGCUGGUUCAUCAACAUCUCUCUCUUAGUUCCUCAUCAGUUCACUCGUCUCUUUUCUUCUUCUUUUUGCUUCUUUACAGCCUAGCUCUCUCUUUGAGCAGUUCUUUCUUUUACCAACAAACACACUCGUUUCUACAACCACUUAAUACUUGCUUGUUAUAACUCGCUUUUCGUUUAGCACAACACCAUCAAGAUGAAGUUCACUGCUGGAUACGCCGCUGGCAUUGCCACCCUCGCCCAGGUCGCUGCUGCCUCUCCUCAGCUCGUCAGCGUCCCCCUCAACCUCUGCCUCGGCAUCCUCGGCGAUGUCGACUGCAAGCAAAAGGCCUCUUCCAACGGCCUUGUCAACGUCCCCAUCGAUCUCUGCCUCAGCGUUCUGGGCCACGCCCACUGCCAGCAGGAGGUCGACAACAAGGGCAGCAAGGGCGGCCUCAUCAGCCUUCCCAUCAACCUCUGCGCCGGUGUCCUCGGCGAUGCUGAGUGCAAGCAAAAGGCCGGCUCUGACGGCCUCGUCUCUGUCCCUGUCAAUGCUUGCGUCGCCGCUCUUGGCGAGGCCAAGUGCAACCAGAAGGCUGGUGGCGACGGCAAGUCUGAUAGCCUGAUCAGCAUCCCCGUCAACCUGUGCGCCGGUGUCCUUGGCGAGGCCGAGUGCAAGCAAAAGGCUACUUCCGACGGCCUUGUCUCCGUCCCUGUCAACGCCUGUGUUGCUGCCCUCGGUGAGGCCAAGUGCAACCAGAAGGCCGGCGGUGACGGCAACGGUGGUCUGAUCAGCAUUCCCGUCAAUGUCUGCGCUGGCAUCCUCGGCGAGGCUGAGUGCAAGCAGAAGGCUACCUCUGAUGGUCUCGUUUCUGUCCCCGUCAACGCUUGCGCCGCUGUCCUCGGUGAGGCCAAGUGCAAGCAGCAGGCUGGCGGCAACGGCGGUGGCCUCAUCAGCGUUCCUGUCAACGUCUGCGCUGCUGUUCUCGGCAAGGCUGUCUGCGACCAGAAGACUCCCGGCUCUGGUGGUCUGAUUGACAUUCCCAUCACUGCCUGCAUUGCUGUUCUCGGCGAGGUUAAGUGCAAGACCAACCCCCCUGCUGGCAACCACUCUACCACUGGCCCUGCUGGCUCUGCUUCCACCACUGGUCCCUCUGGUGCUUCUUCUACUGGCCCUGCUGGUUCUGCUUCUACUGGCCCUGCUGGUUCUGCUUCCACUACUGGCCCUGCUGGUUCUGCUUCCACCACUGGCCCCGUCACCACUGGUCCUUCUUCCGACUCUUGGGUUACUUCCACCAUCUACACCAGCAAGACCAUCACCAUCACCAGCUGCGCUCCCACCGUCACCAGCUGCCCUGCUAGAUCUACCAUCACCACCGUUGUCACUGUCCCCGUCACCACCAUUGUCUGCCCUGCCUCCGCCGUUCCCUCUGGCGGCUUCCAGACCACUGUUACUCCUGCUAAGCCCACCGGCCCUGCUGGUAACCCCGGAUCUAACCCCGGUGGCAACAUCCCCGGAACUGGCGCUGUUCCUGGAACUCCUGUUCCUUCUACUCCCGUCGUUGCCGGCGCUGGACGCAUGGAGCUCUCGGCCCUUGCCAUUGCUGCCGUCGUCAUCUCUGCCCUUCUGUAAACUCCUUUUUUUAAAAACCACUUUUUCAACGCAUAUAGCAAUGUUGAUAUAUUUUGAGCUGUAACUAGAGCAUACUUAAUGAUAAUUUAUGAAACUUUUCUUUUUU